AUGCUUAGUUCUUAAAAUUUAGAUACAAAACCAAUAGGAGAAAAGUAUAUUUUAUACAAGAAAAAAAUGAUAGGAGCAGGCGCUUUUGCCUAAGUUUUUGAAGGUUUUGUGAAAGGAAAAGCAUAAGAGAAAGUGGCCAUAAAGGUUCUCCAAAGUUUGCCUGCUAAUUCUCCGGGUUAAACAAUAGAAAAAAUGAAGACGUUAUAUAAGAGAGAACGUGAGAUUCACUGCAAUAUAGACAGCGAACAUGUUGUGAAAAUGUUAGAUGUAGUUGUAUGUGAUCAAUCGACAAACUUAAUAUUAGAGCUUUGCGAGGAGGGAAACCUAAAUAAAUUAUUGAAUCGAUAACAAAAGAGACAAUUGCACCAAGAACGUGCCUAUCAAAUCUUUUGUCAAAUAGCGGAGGGCUAUAAAACAUUAUACAGUUUGAAGACUCUUCAUCGAGAUUUGAAGCCAGAAAAUAUACUAUUCUCUAAGGGUGUAGCUAAAAUAGCAGAUUUUGGAUUUGCGAAGAUAAUAGAGGAAAUGGAUUUAGCCGUAGAUUAAACUGUUGUUGGCACACUCUUGUAUCAGGCUCCAGAGAUGAUGGUUAGUUCAAAAUAUUCAUCUAAAGUUGAUAUUUGGUCUUUGGGGGUCAUCUUUUAUGAAAUGCUGUAUGGAGUUGUUCCAUUUAUUGACAAUCAUCCAAAUAGAUUGCAUAAGAAGAUAACAACAGAACCACUUAAAUUUCCUCAAGAAGUUCAAAUAAAUGAGUCUUACAAAACUUUAUUAACAAAAAUGCUAAAGGUAGAUCCAGAAAUGAGAAUCAGAUGGGAUGAUUUAUUCUUAUUUUUAUCAAAAGACACACCUUUUCAGGUUGUGACCAAUGAAAAUUUGAGUAUGGCAUCUACUCAUAUGAGUGAUAGUGAAAGCUUUCAAACCAAAUAUUAAAAGGUUGAAUAGUAGAUCAAUAAGAUUGAUGAAAUGAAGGACUACUUUGAUUAUGUUCAAAGAAUAAUCUCAUUUUCUAAUAAUAAUACUACUCGACUAUUCUUUACAUUACAAGAGAAACUUUAAAUCAAUCAAUCUAUGUAAAUAUUGUUUAGUUUAACAUCAACUAAGUAUUUGUUAAAUGAGUAUAAUUUUUAUUUGUAAAUCUUGCAGAGCAAUCUUCCUCCAGGCGAAAUCAAUUUCAAGGAGAAUGACAUCAAAAUGUUUUAAACUGAUUAAGCCAAAUAUUACAAAGUGUUAAACUAUUUUAAAACCAAUCAAGAAUAAAUGAACUAAUUUUAUAAUGAAAAAUUAUUACCAUAAUUUGUGAAAUUAAAAGCAGCUGAUUAGAAUAAUCCACUUAUACAAAUUAUAGCUGAAUUAGUUCAAACCAAUUAGAAAAAUAAAAGAUCACAGGAAAUCUUUAACAAAAUGUACAUUUAAUUUAUAGAUGAAAUCACCAAGUCAAUCAAAAAAAGGUAAAUCAUUGACGAAGCUACUUUAAGACAGAUUUAUACAUUAUAAAUUAACAUGUACUUCUCGCUUCAUCCUUAGAAGUUUAUAUAAAAUGAAUUUGAACCAAAGAAUUUAGAAAACGAAAUAAUUUCAUUAUCAACUCAAAAAUUGGAAAAUAAGCUUUAUGAUCUAAAUGUCAUGUAUUCUGCUCUAAUAAAAUGA